CGAUCUCUUAGUUUUAUACUAUCAACGGAAUAUGUGUGUAUACAUUACUACGUAUCACAGUUUCGUGUCAUUCAUAGCGAACCAGUCUGUGAACACAGUCACACGCUCAUAUCUAAUAUUUUUUUUGGUUGUGUUAUUGUUUUGUUGAGGAACUCGCGUUUGUUUAUACGAUGAUAAUAUUGCUGAUAUGGGUGGCAGUUCUGAUCGGUGUGGUGGUGCUGUAUCUCCGUCAGCUCUACUCCACAUUCAGCAGACAUGGCAUCAAGCACUUCAAGCCUAUCCCAUUGCUGGGUAACAUGGGCACUGUAUUGCUUCGAAGACAACACUUAGCAUAUAGUCUUAUUGAUUUGUAUAAUGCCUUCCCUGAAGAAAAAUUUGUAGGAAGGUUUGAGUUCAUGAACGAGGCAGUGCUGAUCAGAGAUCUGGAGCUGGUGAAGAAAGUUUGUGUCAAAGACUUUGAGCACUUUGUCGAUCACCGCAGUUUUGGGAUUGACUCGUUCUUCGCAAGAACUUUGUUUUUACUGAGAGGCCAAGAAUGGAAGGACAUGCGCUCCACGCUGAGUCCAGCGUUCACAAGCUCCAAGAUACGGCUGAUGGUACCUUUCAUGGUGGAGGUCGGAGACCAGAUGAUAGAUUCCCUUAAAAAGAGGAUUGAGGAUUCAAAAGGUGGCUACAUAGAUAUUGACUGCAAGGACCUCACGACCCGCUACGCUAACGAUGUAAUAGCCUCGUGCGCUUUUGGCCUCAAAGUGGACUCGCAGACUGAAAAGGACAAUCAAUUCUACGUAAUGGGCAAGACAGUGACAAACUUCAAUUUCUUUCAAGUAUUAAAAUUCUUCUUGAUUAUGAAUAUUCCCAAAAUUGCUAAGAUGCUCAAAUGGGAUAUAGUCUCAGAUACAGUGAAGAACUUCUUUAAAAACUUGGUACUGGACACUAUGAAGGAGCGAGAAAUGCACAACAUUGUAAGGCCUGAUAUGAUCCACUUGCUUAUAGAAGCGAAAAAAGGUAAAUUGUCUCACGACGAUGUCCAAUCUAAUGAUGAUGCAACUGGAUUUGCGACUGUUGAUGAAUCUUCGGUUGGAUUAAAGAAAGUCAAUAGAGAGUGGAGUGACAAUGACCUCGUUGCUCAAGCAUUCCUGUUCUUUGUGGCUGGUUUUGAAUCAAUUUCAUCGAGUGUGUGCUUCUUAUUGUACGAGUUGGCAAUAAAUCCUGAUGUACAGGAGCGCUUGGCGCAGGAGAUCAGGGAGUAUGACGCGAAGAAUGGCGGCAAGUUUGACUUCAACUCGAUACAGAGUAUGAAGUAUAUGGAUAAUGUUGUGUCAGAAUUAUUACGACGAUGGCCUGUAGCUGUAGCUACUGACAGAAUUUGUGAAAAAGACUACAACAUGGGUAAACCAAAUGCAAAGGCUGAGAAGGAUUUCAUUGUGCGGAAAGGUGCUGGGAUCAUGAUCUCGGCCUUUGCUUUCCAUCACGACCCUCAGUACUUCCCGGAGCCGCAAAAGUUUGACCCUGAUCGUUUUUCUGAUGAAAAUAAACACAAGAUCAAUCCGAAUGCAUACAUGCCUUUUGGUGUUGGUCCUAGAAACUGCAUAGGGUCAAGAUUUGCUCUCUGCGAGAUGAAGGUGAUCACCUACCAGAUACUGAGGCACAUGGUGCUCUCUCCCUGUGAGAAGACCUGCAUCCCUGCUAAGCUCGCAACUGACAAUAUGAACUUGAGAUUGCAAGGAGGACACUGGCUCAGAUUUCGACUACGAAAAUACACAUUCAGUUCGUGUCUGACAGGGAAAGUGGUCGCACGUGCGUACAGGAAGAGAAAGAGAGAGAUAGCACAACAUGUUGAUUGUCUACUAAAUUGUUUAUCCAUCCAAUUACACAAAAUGAUGAUCUUAUUGAUAUGGUUGGCGGUCCUGAUAGCGGUGCUUGCACAAUACUUGCGGAAAGCACACUCAAUGUUUGAUGAAAAUGAAAUCAAAUAUUUGAAGAGCACGCCGCUUCUAUCCGACCUGAUGGUAAUAUUAAGACCAAAGGAACACAUGGGUGAGGAUGUCGCUAGAGUUUACAACAGUUUUCCUAAUGAAAGGUUUGUGGGAAAACUGCAAUUUAUGAAGAAGUCUAUAGUAAUACGUGAUCCAGAACUGAUUAAAAAGAUCACCGUCAAAGACUAUGAAAGUUUCCUCAACCACCCGGACACACCAGAAUCGUUCUUUAGCAAAGUUUUAUUCUUUAUGAAAGAUGAGCCGUGGAAGGACAUGCGCACCACGCUAAGUCCAGCGUUCACCAGCUCAAAGAUUCGCCAAAUGGUGCCUUUCAUGGCUGAGGUUGGAGAUCAGAUGAUACUUUCAUUGAAGAAGAAGAUAGAACAAUCCAAAGAUGGCUACGUAGAUAUAGAAUGCAAAGAUCUCACAACACGUUACGCCAAUGAUGUGAUAGCGACCUGCGCCUUUGGUCUGAAGGUGGACUCUCACAAUGAUGAGAACAAUGAAUUCUACAAAAUGGGAGAAAUACUCAGCGCCUUUAAUAUAUCCAGAAUGCUGUUGUUCAUGUUGAUGAGUACUGUGCCUUAUUUGAAUCAGGUAUUAGAAUUUGAAAUAAUUCCAAAGUCAGCUCAGCGGUUUAUCAAAAAUCUGGUGCUUGACACUAUGAAGGACCGAGAGUUGCGGAAAAUUAUCAGACCUGACAUGAUUCACUUGCUAAUGGAGGCUAAAAAAGGCCAACUAACUCACGAUGAUUCUAAGUCGAGUGAUGAAGCGGCAGGGUUUGCAGCUGUUGAAGAAUCUACAAUUGGAAAAAAGGCACCAAAUAACAGAGUGUGGAGCGAUGAUGAUUUGGUAGCUCAAGCAUUCCUGUUCUUCAUUGCUGGCUUCGAAUCAGUUUCAUCGAGUAUGUCGUUCUUACUGCACGAGCUGGCACUGAACCCUGACGUACAGGAACGCCUGGUGCAGGAGAUUAAAGAACAUGAUGAGAAGAAUGGUGGAAAGGUGGACUUCACAUCUAUACAGAGCAUGAAGUACUUAGAUAUGGUUGUGUCAGAGGUGUUAAGAUUAUGGCCACCGUUCCCAAUCUUUACCAGAGCAUGUACAAGAGAUUACAAUAUGGGGAAACCAAACGACUCAGCCAAACGGGAUUUUAUUGUACGAAAAGGUACAGAAUUAUGGAUACCGACGUAUGCCUUCCAUCGAGACCCCCAGUACUACCCAAGUCCUGACAAGUUCGAUCCGGAGCGUUUCUCCGAUGAAAACAAACACAAAAUCAAACCGUUUACAUACAUGCCAUUUGGUGCUGGGCCAAGGAACUGUAUUGGAUCCAGAUUUGCUCUCUGCGAGAUCAAGGUGAUGGCUUACCAGCUCCUGCGGCAGGUGGAACUGUCUCCUUGUGAGAAGACCUGCAUCCGUCCCAAGCUCGCAAUCAACAGUUUAAACUUAAAGCUGGAAGGAGGACAUUGGCUAAGGUUUAGGCUGAGAAAAUAGAACCUUGGGUUAAUGAACAUAAUAUCUAUAUUUCUGUAAAGAGAUAAAAAGUUCUUGUAAGCUGUGUUUGUGAUAAAGGCUGUGCCUUAUUCAAGACUUCCUAUAGUAUUACCUAGUAUUUAAAUAAUUUGACUAUAGUGUAGGUGGUGACUGGCAAAUGCAUUUCUGAUCCAGAAACUAUUGUUUAUUUUUAAAUAGUGAAUUAGUACUUACCAGAGUAGUCUAGUAUGAUCAGCCCCGGAUCUAGGGGGGGGCAAGCCGGGGCCCAUGCCCCGGGCGGCAAAUUCAGGGGGCGGCAAAAUUCACACUUCACGGAUCAGUGGACAGCUCAUCAUUUAUUUAAUUUUGACCACGGAAUAAAUAUAGUACAAGUACAGAAAUUUCAUGGCCAUAUCAACUUGACCGAUACCCUGAGCGCAGAAUGGGACGUGCUUCACGAACAUUUUAUUAUUCGCUUUUUUUUUAAGGGUGGAAAAUCAUCCAAUGACUUCUCCCGCCUUGGGCAAAGCGAGAGGGAGUGUCAGACUCUUACUGACUAAAAACCACCCCGUUCCUACACCUGUCCGUCGAGCCGGAGCCCCGGUAAACCCGCUAGGUAGUCCGCAGCUCCGGAUUAGGCAUCAGCCCAUCUGUGGUGGUCUGAUGGCUCUUUGAGGCGCGCGCAGAAGGCGACGCGCCGCACGCACGGGUCUGAUUCUGGCGGACGGCGAGCAAGGGUAGCUCGCCGUCCGCAGACCCGCACUUACGGUGGCCGGAGAUCGUCCCGCGAUCCCCGACGCCCGGAGUGUCUCUCGCGACGGUUUGGGCGUGAAGAGGUUCGUUCUCUCACGCGUCCCGUCUCCUCCUUAGCUAGCAUGACUGCUUCGCAGAAGGAGGAGAUGGCAUCCCAGUCCCCCUCGCCCCGCACCAUGGUCUAAACCAAUGCCGGACGCGAGGGGUCGCCGUCGCCGACCACAUCCCUGAGGACACGGCGGUGCUCAGCCCAUGCAGGGCACACCGCCAUCGUAUGCUCCACCGUGUCCUCCCGGUGGUCCGCACAGUGAUGACACCUGGGCGUUUCCUCCCGCCCAAUAAGGAACAGGAACCUACCGAAACUCCCAUGUCCGGUAAGCACCUGCGUCAGGCGGUAGGUGAGGACGCCGUGGCGCCUCUCAAGCCACUCCUCAAAGAGGGGAUUUACCGCUGCAAUGACAGCGAGCCCAGCCCUCGGUUGCGACAGUCGUUGCUGCCAUUCCACCAUGAGAUCACGCCGGAGCUCGUCCCGCCACGCACUAAUCUGUCGCGGCAGCGGAGUUUCGCCCCGGAGACGCGCGUCGGCGCGCAAACUAAAGACGCGCGCGAGCACCUUUGCCUCCAGAUCCCAUGGCGGCAAUCCGGCAAGGAGGUUCGCAGCUUCCCCGGAGAUCGUACGAUUUUAUUAUUCGCUAGGCGCGUAGGCAUAGUACAAAAUACGCGCCUGGCUCUUGCUCGCCUACAGAAAUCGCAGAUCGGGGCAGCACUCGUUUGGUUACCGUGAGUGCCAAAGAGAUGAAGCUAUAUUCGAAAACUUCCUCGUCGAUCUCUCUCCAUGACAGUGUUUUGUUUUAAAAAAGUGAGUUUUUUGUAAGUAUCUUUACUAUUUAGUACUUGUCAAUUGUUACUUUUGCUCUUGUGAUGUAAAGGAUUUCAAUUCGAAAAACAAACAUACAAUUCAGUAUCCUAAUUUACCGUCUGCUUAACAGCCUGUACCUCAUGGACCAGGAAUUCCGAUUCCUCCACCUUUUCUUCCCACCAUCCAACAGCAAUCAUCAGAUGAAAGUUCAAACGGAAGAACCAAUGAAGAUGAAUUCAAUCCUGAUAUAGGUUAACCUCAACAGUUUAUCCAGGCUGAAUUAAAUGACUUAGUGAGAGAUUUGGGUAUAUCAAAGGAUGCUGCACAAAUCCUAGGAUCACGACUGAAAGACAAAAAUCCUUUGGCUACAGGAACAGGCAGGCAUCAUGAAAAAGAGUUCGCGGACUAUUUCUCUCAAGAGGGUUCACUGGUGUUUUGUAAUAAUAUUCCUGAAUUAGUCAUGAAACUGGGCUGAUAAUUAUGAUUCCACAUCAUGGAGGUCAUUUAUUGAUUCUUCUAAGAGAAGUCUGAAGGGUGUUUUGUUGCACAACCUAUGGCUCGGUGCCUGUUGCUCACUCCAUGCAUCUCAAAAAACGUACGAGAAUCUUGAGCUGUUGCUAAAUAAAAUAAAGUAUAGCGAAUAUUGUUGGCAACUCUGUGGAGACCUUAAAAUACUGUCUAUAGAUGCUUUUGGGUCAGCAGUCUGUAUUUACAAAGUAUCCGUGUUUUUUGUGCGAGUGGGAUAGUCGAGCACGAAAUUUACAUUACAAUAAGAAAGAAUGGCCACUCAGAGAAAGACUUGUACUGGGACAAAAAAUGUGCAGCGUGAUGCAUUAGUUCAAAUAAACAAGGUAUGUAACUGCUUUAAAUACCUAUGCGACAAAUUUCCUGCACGUUCUCAAGCUAAACUUAAAGAAGGAAUUAAUUUUUGUAGGCCCUCAAAUUCGAAAUUUAAAAUCGGAUAGAUUGUUCCAGAAUACAAUGACCCAGGAUGAAUCUGAAGCAUGGAGUUCAUUCGUAGAAGUCAUAGUAGAUUUCCUUGGAAAUAACAAGUCUUCAAAUUACAAAGAAAUUGUAGCUAAGAUGGUCCAAAAUUAUAAAAAAAAACUGACAACAGUUUUUUCUUCUUCACUUCAUUUUCUGUAUUCCCAUAUUGUCUAUUUUCCCGAAAAUCUUGGAGUUGUCAGCAAGGAACAGGGAGAGAGGUUCCAUCAAGACAUAAAAGAUAUGAAGAGACGUUACCAAGGAAGUUGGGAUAUUAGAAUGAUGGCUGUUUACUGCUGGUCCUUGGGAGCAGGGACUCAGUCACAAAAAAAUCACAAAAAGAAAACCACAAAACGCAGUUUUCAGGGAAAAAGAGAACGAUUUCAAUAAAAAAAAAAACUAACGUCUGUCUUACGUAGGUUAUUUUUAUUUUCACCAGCUCAAUUUUGCAGAGUAAUUUUCUUUUAAAUAUAUCUUCAAUAAAUAUUUUCUAAGUUUUUUUUGGCAGUUUCUAUUAAAAAUUUGAAACCCUUUUCCAAAAACUUGACGUGCUAGAAAAAAACUAAGCACAGAUUCGUGAUCAGCACACCCCAUGCACUAUAGGAGACCUAUUAAACUUGAAACACUUUUUUUGAAAAAGAAAAUGUAGGCCUGUGUAAUGGAUGCAUUAUUUCCGGAAGGUAGGUUAGUAUGUAGGCUUUGUCCAAAUUUCAAACAAUUUGUGGACAUCUGAAUGCUGAAAUUAUAUGGAUGAUAAAGGUGAAAAUAAACAUAAGUAGGCGGGGCGGCAUUUUUCAAUUUUUGCCCCGGCAAAAAAGAAAUGUAGAUCCGGGGCUGAGUAUGAUUGCAUUUUAUUUACAAACGGGACAAGAACAUUUUGUAGGUGAAAAUAAAUAUGGAAUAUUUUAUUGAAUAUAAUUGUAUCUGUUAGACAGAAAUGCAA